GAAAUCGAGUCAAACGCCAUUUCCGUUUCUUCAAAGGGAAGAUCCCAAACCAAACGAGAACCAACAUCUCUCCUCUACUCGACUCGACUGUUACGCCGCCAAAAUGACGAGAUUACCCCUCUCCAUCCCCCUCCUCCUCCUCCUCUCCGCCUCCACUCUCCUCACCCCCACAUCCGCCGAGACAAAAUCCCUAACAAUCUCCACCGACGAAAGACCAAUGAUCCUCUUCGAGAAAUUCGGAUUCACCAGAUCAGGCCACGUCAGCGUCUCCGUCUCCUCCGUCUCCGUAACCUCCCCUUCCUCCACUCUAAUCCCAGAUCCGUCGCGUCUCGGCUUCUUCCUCAUGUCAGAGGAAUCCCUCCUCCAAGUCCUCCUCGAGAUCCAGCAAAACCCUAGCUUCUGCGUCCUCGACUCCCCUUACGUCCUCCACCUCUUCACGUUCCACGACCUCUCCCCUCCCCCCACCUCCAGCUACGAGCAUCUCUACCCCGUGACCUCCCCCAACGAAUACUCCCUCUUCUUCGUCAAUUGCGUCGCCGACACCAAGAUCUCGAUGAAAGUCAGAACGGAAAUGUAUAAUCUAGAUCCCAACGGGGAGAAGGAUUACCUCCCCGCCGGGUCGACCCGGUUACCGGGAUUGUAUUUCUUGUUCUUUAUUGGUUACUUAGGUUUUCUUUGUUCCUGGGGGUAUGUUUGUUGGAUUAAUAAACGAGUGGUCCAUAGGAUCCACGUCCUCAUGGCGGCGCUUCUUUUAAUGAAGGCUUUGAAUCUGAUCUGCGCGGCGGAGGAUAAGCAUUACGUGAAGGUCACGGGGACGCCGCACGGAUGGGAUGUGUUGUUUUAUAUAUUUCAGUUUAUCCGUGUGGUUCUUCUGUUCACUGUGAUUGUGUUGAUUGGGACUGGUUGGUCUUUCUUGAAGCCGUUUCUACAGGAGAAGGAGAAGAAUGUGUUGAUGGUUGUUGUUCCUCUUCAGGUUCUGGCGAAUAUUGCGUCGAUUGUGAUCGGGGAGACGGGGCCUUUUAUCAAGGAUUGGGUUACGUGGAACCAGGUGUUCUUGCUUGUGGAUAUUGUGUGUUGUUGCGCGAUUCUGUUUCCUAUUGUGUGGUCGAUACGGUCGUUGAGGGAGACGUCGAAGACGGAUGGGAAGGCGGCGAGGAACUUGGCGAAGUUGAGUUUGUUUAGGCAGUUUUAUAUUGUUGUGAUUGGGUAUUUGUAUUUCACGAGGAUUGUUGUGUUUGCGUUGAAGACGAUUGCGGCGUAUAAGUAUCAGUGGGUGAGUAAUGCGGCUGAGGAGGUUGCGAGUUUGGCGUUUUAUGUGGUGAUGUUUUAUAUGUUUAGGCCGGUUGAGAAGAAUGAGUAUUUUGUUUUGGAUGAAGAGGAUGAGGAAGCUGCGGAGUUGGCGUUGAAGGAGGAUGAUUUUGAACUUUGAUUGACUAUACAAAGCCGUGAGUAACUCUAUGAGGAGGUUUGCUUUUUCUUUUUCUGUUGUUACUUUUAAAAUUCAAAGUAGUUUGUUUGCUAAGGGGAAUAACUGUGUAUGUAGUGGUCUAUUACAUUGUAAAAGCUUGUUUGUCCCUGAGACUGGUUUUGAUUGUAAGAAAGAUUUAGUGCAUGUGAUGUCCACUGUGUGAUAUCAGGAGUCUAGUGAGUCUGAAUAUUUUUAAUUUGCUCAGUGGUUAUUGG